GCCCCGGCCGGCGGCAGGACCGGCACUAUGCAAAUGGCGCGGGGCGAGCGGCGGGCGGGGGCUCGGCUCGCCGCGGGAGCUCGCUACACACGCCGCCCCCCGAAACGCGCCCUGCCUUGCACAAAGCAAUUGUUGCUUUUUGGGGGACAUGGGUACAUGUAAAAUCAUCUCCAGCGCGGUUUCAGCUUGCGAUACGUGUGAGAGAGCUAGGGAGAUGUGUCAGAGCUUGUUACUCAAGCUAAAUUAGGUAAUUUUUAGCUGGGUAAUGUGCUAAUCUUUAAACUUUUAUGUUUUUAAUUCCUGCGUAUGUCUGGUCUCUGCAUACAAAAGUGUAUUUUGCUUGUUUCUUCUUGUCUUCUUCAGUCUGAAGCCUUAUGUAGGUCAGGCUUGGCUUAAGCAGAUUUCCUGAACCUGCGUCAGCUUAAGCUGAAGGAAUUUUAAUAAACCCUCCCUUGUAGGCGUGGGCCUAAAUGAGACUAGCCUAGUUAAGCCUGAUCUUUUUCUGUUUGUGAAAAAGAGCUGAGCAGAGCUAGGGACUGCAUGGUGGCUUCAGAAACGGCUUCCUUAAUUCAAAGAUAACAAUGGUUGGGAAGGCCAGAUCUUCUAAUUUUACCUUAUCUGAAAAGCUCGAUUUGCUCAAACUCGUGAAGCCGUACGUUAAAAUUCUCGAGGAACAUACCAAUAAGCAUUCUGUAAUAGUGGAAAAAAACAAAUGCUGGGAUAUCAUAGCUGAUAACUACAAUGCCAUCGGAGUAGAUCGCCCUCCUCGUACUGCACAGGGCCUGCGCACGCUGUACAAGAGGCUCAAAGAAUAUGCCAAACAGGAGCUAUUGCAGCAAAAGGAGACUCACUCAGAUUGUAAAAGCAGCAUUUCCGAGCCAACCAAGAAAGUUGUGGAGAUGAUUCCACAGAUUUCCAAUGUGUGUUUAAGAGACAGGAGCGGUGUUCAAAGUGCUAGUAUCGAUAAAGAAACAAUUGCUGGUACCAGUUCACCACAGGCCAUGUUGGAUCACCAUCCUGCGACAGUCAUGAUGGAGUUGCAAUCGGAAGAGGAUGUCAAACCUCCUCCUUCCUUGAUUAUAGACACACAGCAAAAUGAGAAUUUAGAUCAAGAGGAAGAACACCAGCUGGUACAUAUUAUGGAAAGGUCUCCUUCAACAUCAGUGUCUUCAGUUGAUAUGAGAGUGAUGAUGUCUCCCUCUCCUGUACCCAGAAGAGAUGAGUUUUUUAGGCUUGAAGUUGGAGAACGCUUUAGACCGAUGUGUGGUUAUGACCCACAGAUGUUACAAAUGCUGAAAGAAGAGCACCAAAUAAUACUAGAAAAUCAAAGAAAAAUUGGUCUUUAUGUCCAAGAAAAAAGGGAUGGUUUGAAAAGAAAGCAGCAACUAGAAGAAGAACUGUUGCGAACAAAAAUCAAAGUAGAGAAGCUGAAGGCAAUACGACUACGCCGUGAUCUGCCAGAAUACAGCAAUAUCUAAAUAUUUUAUUACUUCUGUCAUAUUCUUUGAAAUACAUAAUAAUAAAUAUGUUUACCCUGGCAAAAUUGUUCCUUAUGUUAAUACAGAUGGAUCAAAUAUCUGGGGGUGAAAGAUAAAAGCAUAUUUUCUGUUUUGUUGAUUAUGUACCUUAGAAAAUAUCUUGUAUGGGUUUGAAUGCAGCAACUCUUCUGGUCUAAACUAUAAUAAAAUCCUGUACAUUUAA